AUGGCUGAAGAGGCGCAAACGUUGUCAAUCCGGGACCGCAUAAAUGCCUUUCAAAUUGCCGGUACAACAACACACUUAGGUCGAGCGCCGGUCACCGCGAAGCCCGUCGAGCAUAGCAUACCAGUGAGGUCCGCUUUGGAGCAGAGGAGUCAAACUACAAGCGUACCCAUAAGUGGUCGAUCUGCAGCUAUUGGUAUCGGCAACGAGCCAAACGGACCGAAACGAGAUGGAGUGCUCCCUCCUCCCUCAAAUGUCAGAAGGACUGGUCAGGAUGGGCCAAAGACCGAUAAACCUACCGCCCCACCCCGUCUACCGCCUAGAACACCAUCCGCUUUACCUACACCCGCACUACCGCCCCGAAAACCGUCAAAUCAAUGGAACAGAAGGGCAUCUAAUGAGUCCAUCUCAUCCACCAUUUCCUCGCUUUCUUCGGUAUCAGGGGCAUCAAAUGGCACUGCCCUAACAUUGGCAUCACGGACCUCCACAGACAGUGGCAGAAUCAAAGCACCUCCUCUAAACGAAGCAAUACUACCAGUCCUCCCACCCAAGCGCAAUAAGGACCAAAGUGACGCGAACUCUCCCGAACGCGAAAGAUCAAGGCCGGCAUACGGGCUCAAACCGACGGGGACGAAACCAUCUUCAAUGCAGAGCACCAAGGCUUACCCUACCAUGGCUACAGAAGAUGUAGUACCACCUGAUACAACACCAGCUCUGCCGCCCCGAAGACCUUCGAGGCCAGAAGUGCAGACGUCCCCAGCAAGAAAGCUACCACCACCUGCAGACAAGGCGCCCCCGAAACCGUCGAGGUCGGCCCUUUCAUAUGGUCUGAGUAAGGAACGACGUCCGAGUCGGACAGAUGGGUUAGACCAACAUGAGACGGAUUCAUCCCACACGUUGCCCGAUAGCACACCACCGCCAAUUCCUACGGAUUCUCGACCAGACCUGUCCAAGAUCACUGCCUCAAAACCUAAGACACAUUCGGCCGGGGUUGUGCCACAGUCGCUUUCCGCUGCAAAUUCGCCCUGUUUGUUAUGCCGAGACUUUUCGGCUGUAGAUACUCAUGCAGCCAAAUUCCCACGCGUGCAGGUCCCUUCCUUAGAUUGGCUAGCCCACCAACUGACAAGUCCUUUCCCUUCGCCCACGGACAAAGCGCGAGCAAUCUUCACUUGGCUCCACCACAACAUCUCCUACGACACGGUCUCGUUCUUCAAUGGUACUGUCCAACCCUCAACUCCUGCUUCAACGCUUCAAUCCGGUCUUGCAGUCUGUGAGGGCUAUGCAGGUCUCUUCACUGCUAUAGCUAGUAAGAUUGGGCUGCAAAGCAUCGUUGUCGGAGGGCAUGGGAAAGGCUUUGGCUUUGCCUCCAUUCCGCAGGGAUCUCCUAUACCUCCUGAAGACCCUUCCGGCCAUGCUUGGAAUGCCGUGAAGAUCGAUGGUGGAUACUGGAAGCUGAUAGACGCGUGUUGGGGGGCAGGAAAUGUCAGUGGCAAAGGACAGCCUUACAACAAGCACUUUUCGCCGCGCAUGUUCACCAUGCCGAAUCAUGAGUUUGGUCUUCGCCAUUACCCAGAAAAUCGAGGGCACUUCUUCGUCGAAGCGGAUGGAAGGAUGCCACCAACGUGGCAAGAAUAUUUUCUUGGGCCUCUAGGUGGCGCUGAGCCAUUACGAGUAUACUCCGGGGUCGCCGAGUCUGAGGGUAUAAGCGAGGCCAGCUUUCUUCCUCGGAAUCUACGAGUGUCCAUUUCGCCGUCCGCGCACCCAGGUCCCACGGUGAGGUUCCAAUUUGCAAAGAUCUGUCAGCACUGGGACCCGGUCCGCAACGGCAAGGGGAAAGCAUUCGUCUUCAUCCUUGCGAUUGGAGGAGUAGACGGCCGGGAAAAGGACUUUGUUCCCUUCGAGACGAACGGUCAUGUCUGGUGGUGUGAUGUAGAAGCAAGACGACUGGGCUGUGUGGGCCAGACCGUCAGCGUAUACACAGUGGAUACUGUCAACGGUCAGACGGGACGUGGUCUGAGCGUGGAAGAAUAUCGGCAGGCGAAAGGCCGGAAGGGGAUGGGAUUUGGAGGGUUAGCUGCCUGGGAGUUGAUCUGA